UUCCGCCCCUCCUCUUGCAGAUUUCUAUGUCCAGACUUUGCCCUGUGCAGACCCAAUUCUUUCCUACAGUAUACACAGCUAGAUAUGGCAUAUACAUGUCUGGUGACAACUAAGUAGGGUCAGACUGUAUUACCGUCAUGGCAUCCAACAUACUCUUUGGGCUUUUCCCUGCCCAGCUGUACUCGUGGGCUGCUUCUCUCUGCCUCCUGCUACUACUGUACAAAGCCACUCAGCUUUAUCUGAAACGGAGGUUUCUGGUUGCAGCAUUCAGCCCUUUCCCAGGUCCCAAGUGUCACUGGCUGUAUGGGAACGCACAUGAGUUUAACACAGAUGGCAAAGAUAUGGACAUUAUUAUGAAUUAUGCUAAAAAAUAUCCAUACGCCUACCCUAUGUGGCUGGGAAAUUUCUUUGCUUCACUGAUUAUCUGCCACCCUGACUAUGCAAAAGCCAUUUUAUCCCGUCAAGACCCAAAAGAUGACUUUGGCUAUUACUUUUUAACUCCAUGGAUUGGCAAGGGAUUACUGGUCUUGUCUGGACAGAAGUGGUUUCAACAUCGGCGACUAUUGACUCCAGCAUUCCAUUAUGAUGUUCUCAAGCCCUAUGUGAAGUUAAUGGCAGACUGCAGUAAUGUCAUGCUGGACAAAUGGGAUAAGGAGAUCUCAGAUAAGAAGCCAGUGGAACUUUUCCAUCAUGUCAGUUUAAUGACACUGGACAGCAUCAUGAAGUGUGCCUUUAGCUACCAUAGCAAUUGCCAGAAUAACAGUGAAAAUAAAUACAUCAAAGCCGUAUAUGAGCUCUCUUACUUGGUUGACCACAGAUUCACCUUCCUUCCAUAUCAUAGUGACUUCAUUUUCUACCUAAGCCCUCAUGGGUUCCGCUUCCGAAGAGCAUUAAAAGUAGCCCAUGAUCACACAGAUAAAGUAAUUAAGCAGAGAAAAAAGUCCCUGCAUGAGCAAAAUGAGCUUGAGAAGAUCCAACAGAAGAGACACCUGGACUUCCUUGAUAUCCUUUUGUGUGCCAAGGAUGAAAAUGGAAAAGGUCUAUCUGAUGAGGAUCUCCGUGCAGAGGUGGACACAUUUAUGUUUGAGGGUCAUGACACAACAGCCAGUGGGAUCUCUUGGACCUUAUACUGCAUGGCCAAGUACCCAGAGCACCAGCAGAAAUGUCGGGAGGAGAUCAGGGAUGUCCUAGGAGGAAAGCAAACUGUAGACUGGGAUGACCUGGGAAAGAUGCCUUAUACCACAUUGUGUAUAAAGGAGAGCCUGAGGCUUUAUCCACCUGUCCCAGGAAUAGCCCGACAACUUACCCAACCAAUUACUUUUUGCGAUGGACGGAGCCUCCCAAAAGAUUCUAUGGUUCUUCUGAGCCUGUAUGCCAUUAACAGGUGCUCCAGCAUAUGGGAAGACCCAGAGGUGUUUGACCCAAUGAGAUUUUCUGCUGAGAAUUCAGCCAAGAGGAACUCACAUGCCUUUCUUCCCUUCUCCGCUGGAUCUAGGAACUGCAUUGGCCAGAACUUUGCCAUGAAUGAGAUGAAAGUAGCACUUGCAUUGACCUUGCAAAGGUUUGAGUUAUUUCCUGACACUGGAAUUGAGCCACUGACAGCCCCUCAGCUUGUGCUACGCUCACUGAAUGGAAUUCACUUAAAACUGAAGAGAGUAGGAGGGGACUGAUGCCAACAGAAGACAUCAACCUUAUACAAUUAGAGAUGAUAUUGUGAUGCAAAUAAUUAUUGAUAAACAGUGACUCAGUGGUUGGUCUGCCAACUUGCAUGCUCGGGUUCCUGAGUUAGAAUCCAAGGCACUAUCUGCAAUGAGUUUGUAUGUCCUUUCCUCUGUGGAUUUUCCCUAGGUACUUUGGUUUUCUCCCACACUCUAUAAACACACUAGUAGUCUUAUUUGCUCCUAAUAAAACUGACCAUAGUGUAUGCACAUGAACUAUAAGCUCCACUGAGGCAUGGAAUAAUGUGAAUGCUAAACAAUCUAUGUAAAGCGCUGCAUAGCAACUUGGUGCUAUAUAAAUAAAGUCUAAUAAUAACAAUAAAAAGUGCUAUCAAUCACA